AGAACAAAGUACAAUAGAUCAUCAUUAUAGUAUUUGGAAAAUCCACGUUAUUUACACCCAAUAGAUUUUAGACAAUGUGAAUUCGAUUCAUGUCUUUGUGUAUUGACACAUUAAGAUUGCAUGUAUUAGGAGUAACUGCUCCUGUCAGUUUUUAGCUAUACCAUUGAAGAUAAAUAGAAAUAUGACAUAUCAGUCUACUCUGAAUCAGCAAACGACAAGACCCAAAGACGAGAGAGCAGAAAUGGCGGAGGUAGCUUCACCUAGCAGUAGUCAAAGAGACAACAGUCCACAGAGCACAUCGGCCUACGACAGCAGUAAGCAGUUUGAUGUGUGCAUUUUGACCUGUGACGAUGCUCAUUGUAACAAGUCCCCCCGCACAUUGCUGUCAUCUGCCUGUAAAAGGGACAGUCUAAAGACUAGUCUAUUUGAGUUAGGAGUUAUAGAUUUUGACAGACUAGAGGAACAGCUGCCCGCCUCACUAGUGUUUGCUCUUAUUGUAUGUUACCACAACAAGAAAAACUUCAAACAGUUAUGGAGGAGACUGAAGGUACACUCUGUCGUUGUUCUAGGAAGUAUCGGGAGAAUAGAAUCACUAGAUUCUGCACACUACUGUUCUAUGAUAGAAACAGAGAAAAAUAUGAACGAAUUUUAUCAUAAAAUCAGUUCCGAAGUACAAGAAAAUCGAGUGUAUGACGGUUGUCGGGUGGGAAACGAUUACACGCAAGGUAUUGUGGAUGGGAGAAGUCCGUCUGAAAUGGCGACGAAAACGACUGAAGAUGAAGAUUCCGCUCCCAUAGGCCUACUUUAUUCCGAAAAACAUGCUCCAAAUUUCCCAUCAGAUAUCCCAGAAGAUAUUAAAAGUCCGAUGUUUGAAAACACGUAUGACAAUGAUAGCACAGUUUUUAGAGCAUAUGGUUAUGAAUCAUGCGGGACUACUAAUUUAAAAGAAAUCUUUGGAGACAACGAGGUAUAUUCGUGUCUUUCUGACGCUGUGAAGGACGACGUAUUUCUAGAGACAAAAACUCUACAGCCUUCUCGUAGUCAUUCAGGUUCAUUUGUUUCCCAAGAUUACAUUUUACCAAGGCAGAAAUAUGAAGAUUUAGAACACAGGGUUCCAGCAGAUAUUGUAUCAAUAUACAACCAAGGCAGUUGCAAAGAUACCGUUGAUUUGGAAAAAUAUAUAACAAUCAAUGUGAUGAAAAAAUGUGUUGAUUGCAAUAACUUCCACGGCUUGGUUACCCUUCUCUCGUGUCACAAAAGAAGUAUCCAGAUGAAUGCAUUUCAAAACAUUGAAAAGAUGUUAUACAAAAUGAAAGUGAGGCUCUGCAACACUCAGGAUUUACUGUAUGGAAUCACUGACCUACUUUCCCUGGUGGAGCUAUGGUCCGGUGACCAGGAACUCCUACUUCUGUUAUUGAACAGCGCUUUGACCACGUUUAUAAUUCUCUUCAUGUCCUUUAACGCAAGAGUGGACGAUUCUAUCAAAAAUAAGAUCAGAGACGUAUGUAGAAACGCCAAAGAGAAAAUGAAUAAGGUGGAACAUCUUCAUAUCACCGAUGAAAUACUGAAAAGCGCUUUUGAAAAUAUUCGGAAAUCCGCCGAUUGCUUUUGUCAUCAUUUGGAAACGGUGUCUGUACUUCGAAUGGGAAACUGGUCAGAUGCGAUGAAGAAGGACAACAACAGAGAGAAAAUAAUAAAAGAAUUUCCUGAGAUGAGCGAGUUAGAACAGUCCACGGUGAUAUUCGGCCUUUUAAAUCAGGUAUUGUUACAGACAGGGGGACACCACACCGCUCUCUUUACUGUAUUGCAAACUUGCUUGAAAGGAAAAUUAAAUGUAAAGAAAAAAGAAAAUAUCUCAAUGUUUCCAAUGCUUCAACUGACGACAAAAAUGGUCAAAAUGAUAUUUGAUACAACAGUUUGUCAAGCUAAAGAAGCAUUGACUGUUUUGAAUUUGUAUAUGGAUAGCGCGAAAGUUCAUCAAGCUGUUCGAAAGUUUUUCUUGAAAGAGAUUGACAGUUUGCUUUUUCAUAAAGACAAAAGCAUCGUCGGCGAAGUUUUUUAUUUCUUGAGCAGAAACAAAAUGCAUUUACACUUUGAUCUGAGACAAACCACAGUUUCUCACAUAGAAAAAUCUCUCCACCCUUUGAAUAUCACCAUUGAUAAGGAUUCCUAUGUUAUCAGUGGCAACACACCAUUGCCUCCACACUGGAACACAUUUAAAGGAACAUUUGAUGAUUACAACGUCAACGUUCACAUUCUUUUGCCAUCCAAAAAUUGCGUUAUGAAAGGAGUAAUGGAAGAUUACAGAGAAAACUUAGCACUGAAGGAAAUUCUAAAAGAACAUGAACAGCAAAGAGAUAUGCUCUAUUUGUUAUGCAGCGGAGGAAUGACGCCACUAGUUUUGCCUCUUGUAGCUUUUCAAUGUCGACCCCUGCCUCCCUUUUACAUUACAAUACAAGACAGAAAUCAUAUCAUGCUGUUGGAAUAUUUGCUGUCAAAAAGAAAAGAAAAGGACUGGAUUACUUUCGAAAACCUUUUUACGAUGGCAGCUGAUAUUCUGAACGCUGUGAAGUUUUUACAUUCCAGAGACAUAGUUCAUCGUGCUCUUACUGCGUCAUGUUUUUCCGUCCGAGAAAACGGAUCGGUUUACCUGUCAAAUCUGGCCACUGCAUCAGAUGGCCAUUUCUCGGAGUUCAUAGCAGAAUGUACAAGGAUACCUCUAAGAUGGUCCGCCCCGGAGUCAAUCCUGUACGAUAAAUAUAGUAAAGAGAGUGAUGUGUACAUGGUUGGACAACUCCUUUACGAACUGUUUACACAUGGAUGUCAUCCAUAUACAGAGCUUUAUGGAUAUUCUUUAGACAGAGUUUUGGAAUUGAUUGUCUUCCAAAACCUUAAACCUAUGCAAUGGCCAUGUAUUCCAAAGGACAUCCACGAAAUCAUACUCCUGUUUGUCAAUUCCGAUCCCCUAGGAAGAGAAUCGUUAGACAAAGGCAUUCAAAAACUUAACAAUCUCUUGCUUAAACUGUCAUCAAAUCGAGCUUCUACAAAGAGACUAAGUCAUUCACACAAGGAGGAUCAGAGAUAUCCCAAGAUUGACCCUUCUCUACCAAAAGAACCUCAAACGGAAACUCCAGAACUCUUUAAAAGACUUAAGAAUCAGAACGGGAAGAUUGAUCCGUUUGUAAGUUAUACAAAUUUACGAAAAUCCAAAAGAAAACCGAAAACGAUUCUUGCAAUUUCUGAAGCUGAUAUAACAUCAAGUGAUGCUCCAUCCAUACUGAAAAAGGAUUUAAAACUGAUCGUACAAGAACCGAUCUCCCCGAAGUUCUACGAGAUGUACUUUACCGAUCUAAGCCAAUCAGCGCUUCAGGAAAUUCUCAACAUAUUAAAAUGGCCGCCCGCGAUAGAGAAAAACCCCUGGAUCUUGCAUUUCACGUGCUUCUCUGGGGAGUCACUGUCCCAACUAUCACUGAGAAGAUGUUUUGGGGACCCAGAUGAUCAAGAAAACAACAUCAAGUACUCCUGGCUCGUGCACUACGCUGUCAAGUUUAUCAAUGAGUUACACGGGAAUGGAUGGAUCUUGCGUGACAUUUGCUGCCAGAAUCUCCACUUUGACAGCGACAACCAAAAGGUAUUCUCCACAAGACUUGGGCGAGUGGCUUAUAUAAGUCCAGAGGAGGUCUUAGAUGACAGUGUAAUUGAUGAAGUAUUCAGUGACCGCAGGAACUGGUCCCCUCUUGAAGUUCUGCAGUAUGGUCAAUACUCCAGAGAAGGGGACGUUUAUAUGCUUGCAAUGGCAAUUUACGAGUUCUACAUGGGACUUGAAAUCAAUUUAGAAAGCCCUGCGUCCUCCUUUAUGAAAUGCGUACCUUUCUGUAGAGUACCAAAGAAAGAGUUGAUCGAGCACCUUUUGUCUGGGGAAGUACCACAGCAGCCGAUGUAUUGUCCUGCGGAACUUUAUGAGAUAAUGGGAAGGUGCUGGAACAGAGAUAGAACCAGGAGACCUACCUGUGCCGAAUUUCUACAGGUUACAUCCAGAUUGGUUUACAUACAAGAUGAGGAUUCGAUAGGCAACAUUCCAGAAGAAGUGUACUCCACCCUCCCACAUGAUCCCCCAGAACUUCCACCACGACGCUUUGACUCCGUCCACAUGUACAGUACAACUAAUCCAGCGCCAUGUAUUCAGCAAACAGAUACCAAGAACGAAUAUUCAAGUUAUAAUUAUCAGCCUUCUUUGGAAAAUCAAAUGAAUCCCCGUGGUCAGGUUAAAGUCAAUCCAUUGUAUGGAUUUGAUAGAAUGGACUCUAAACGCAGCAACUUUAGAAGGAGUACAAUGAAAGGAACCGUUCGUAAAUCAAAACCCUUUGACCAGAGUAGGAACUGGUCAUUGAGAAAGAGUCCAAGUGAAGAACAGGAAUGUCAAAGCACUGAUACAUUUUCCAAUACAAAUUCUGGCUUAAACUCAGGUUUUUCAGUUGCUAACAUGAGCUCAUGCAAUUCUGAUAAUUCGUCAAUGAUUUCAGACAGUACGUUUUCCAUUGCUAAUUCUAGUCUGGACUCAAGUUUUUCAGUUGCAAACCCGAGUUCGAGUAAUUCUGACGCAGAUUCACAAACUUACCAAGAUUGUUUUUCAGUAACAACAGACAGACUGAAUGAAAUGUCACGACACCUUGAGGCUGAGGCAGUGACAUUAGAUCUAUCGUCAGGUAACGAUAGAAAUAACUCAACAGAACGUGCUGCAAAUGAUUAUAUUGAACUCGUCGAAAAUCAGAAAGACCAGGAUAUUUCAGUCAAACCAUUAAAUAGUCUAUUUGAAGGUGUAGAACAAGGUGAUGACAGUUACCUGACGGUCACCUGAAACCGGUGUAUGCAUAUGUAAGGACCAUGUAUGGACACCCAUUUCACGAGGACAUCGGCGUUGUCUCAAUGUUGUUUGAUGUAAAGAAAUUGUCUCCCGUAUAACACAAUUUGGCCAUCAAUUAUCAACCCAGAUAUAAACCUACUUUUUACAUGUACUUAUAAAUCAUACUCGGUAGAUGUAAAUGUACACAAUAAAAUGCUUUCUUUGACGAUUCAUGCGGGUUAUGAAGGUAGCGAUCAUUGCUGAAAAAAAAAUUACAUAACCCGCUAACGCGCGUAUAUACGGGUAUUUCCUAUCUAUCCUUGUAUAUAGCUUUGAUUUAUAAACAUGUACCUAAUUAAUGAUCACAAAAUCCAAAAAUGUUAUGUACAAUAAAACAUCAAAUUGAAUGUUUUUAUAAAUCAAUCUUUAAAAGGUUGAAACGCUGAAUUUAGCUGUUAAAUAAAGUUAAAGCGUACAUAU